CCGACGCAACAUCUUGCAGUCACCUUCUCUCAACAGUACCUUCGCUAGUUCUAAGCUAUAUGGCUUCCAACGGGAGCAUGCUGGCCGUGAUCAUGGCGUGCGCGCUCCUCCUCGCCGGCAGCACGUGCCACGCCGCCCGCAACCUGGCCGACACGACGCCGGCGGCUGCCGCUCCGGCUGCUAGCGCCGUCCCUGGCCUGCCGGCCGUGCCGUCCUUGCCUGCCGUGCCCACGGACACGGUCACCCUGAUGCCACCAAUGCCGUCGGUCACCCUGCCCACCGUGCCACAGGUGACGCUGCCGCCCAUGCCCUCCAUCGUCGUCCCCAAGGCGGUCCUGCCGCCCAUGCCCAAGGUCACCCUCCCCACAGUGACGAUGGCACCGAUGCCCGCGAUUGUGGUGCCCAAGGUGACCCUGCCGCCGUUGCCAUUCGUCCCCAAUGUGAACGUGCCUAUGCGGUUCGCGGCAUCACCCCCGUCAGCGUAGGCGCGGCCGUGCGGCGGUGCUCUCCCCCUGUCCAGCAUAGGGCGCCGUUCAUCUGAGUGUGGCGUCAGGUUACUCCGUGGACACGACGUACAUUUUCUUACAUGCAAGCUUGGUGUUUUAUAUGCGAUGUAUCACAGUACCAGUAAUUAUUGCCUUUUUUUACGUCUCGAUAGUGUAUGUACUGGUAGUGUUUGACUGUUGAGGGUUUUGUCCCAUUGUAUGUAUUUCUUGAUCUUCUUAUAUACACACUAUUUAAGGUA